GCAGCCCUCCUCAAUAUGGUCCUCGACUUCAACGGCACCAGCAGCAGCAGCCCCCUCCUCGCCAGCCCCCUGCGCUCCUCCUCCUUCGCGCCGGAGAAUCCCCGGCAGCUGGGCAGCGGUGCCGGCGUUAGGAUGAUUUCCAGCUCUUUGAAUACGCCCCGCUUAGGGAUAGGCGGGAAGCUCUUGCAAGGGGUCACCGCCAGCCCCGGAGGCGGCGGGAGCAGCAGCAGCAGCCCCAGCACCCUCAACCCCGGCUUCGGCGCGGCGGGCAACGGCAGCAACGACACGCAGUGCGGGGAGCAGAUCCUCAGCUACGGCAACGUCGAUAAAGUGGUGAUCGGGGCCAUGCUGUCGCUCAUCACCUUGCUGACCAUCGCCGGCAACUGCCUGGUGGUGAUCUCCGUCUGCUUCGUCAAGAAGCUCCGGCAGCCCUCCAACUAUCUCAUCGUCUCGCUGGCCCUGGCCGACCUGUCGGUGGCUGUGGCCGUCAUGCCCUUUGUCAGCGUCACCGACCUCAUCGGCGGCGAGUGGAUCUUCGGCAGCGUCUUCUGCAAUGUCUUCAUCGCCAUGGACGUGAUGUGCUGCACCGCCUCUAUUAUGACCCUCUGCGUGAUAAGUAUCGACAGGUAUCUUGGUAUAACCAGGCCUCUCACCUAUCCUGUACGGCAAAAUGGGAAGUGCAUGGCUAAAAUGAUCCUUUGUGUGUGGCUACUGUCUGCUUCAAUUACUCUGCCGCCUCUCUUUGGGUGGGCGCAAAACAUUAAUGACAACCGAGUUUGUUUAAUCAGCCAAGACUUUGGUUACACGAUAUACUCAACAGCAGUUGCGUUUUACAUCCCCAUGUCAGUGAUGCUUUUCAUGUACUAUCAGAUCUACAAGGCCGCCAAGAAGAGCGCUGCCAAACACAAGUUUGCCAGCUUCCCGCGGCUAGAAGAAAACGAAGGGGUUGUUUCUGCGAAUGGCAUUGUGAAGCUGCACAAGGAAUCGGAAGAGUGUGCAAACUUUUCACGGCUGCUGAAGCAUGAACGGAAGAACAUUUCCAUCUUCAAAAGGGAGCAGAAAGCUGCCACCACCCUUGGAAUUAUUGUAGGGGCCUUUACUGUAUGCUGGCUGCCAUUUUUCAUACUUUCUACAGCCAGACCCUUUAUCUGUGGAACAUCUUGCAGUUGUAUCCCAUUGUGGGUGGAGAGGACAUUUCUGUGGUUGGGUUAUGCAAACUCUCUUAUUAACCCCUUUAUAUAUGCCUUCUUCAAUCGGGACCUGAGGACAACCUAUCGCAAUCUGUUGCAAUGCAGAUAUAGAAAUAUCAACCGUAAGCUCUCAGCUGCAGGCAUGCACGAGGCCCUGAAGCUUGCUGAAAAGCCAGAGUUUGUUCUUUUUGACCUUGGAUAAAACUUUAUGGAGGAGCUCCGAUUACUCAAGAAAAAAGAGCCAUGACUUAUGACUAAAUGCAGAUCAAGUAGUCAUAUAUGAACAAGGCACUGCCGAGCAAAGGACUGUGCUGAAGAUGCACUCCACAAGGAGAAACGGACGGGUUAAUGAAAUGUACCAGAUCUACUUCAGAAGCAAAUAUUGUAAAGACAGUCAAUCAGCUUGGUAUUCUGUAUUACAUGUACUUCUGCUGAUCACAGUGACAUCUCUCUCUCUCUCUCUCUCUCUCUUCACCUUUCUUUCUUUAGCAGAACAAAUGCCUGCUGAGUACAAAUAAACUUUUUGGGGGGUUGUUUGUAAAAGGCAAAUUGCAUUAGCAAUAAGCAGUUUGACACACAAUAGAAAAAGCAGAGGAGAAAUCUCUCAAGUGUGCCUUAUUGUGAGGGGCAUUCUGCACUUGUCCCGCCAAUCCACUGGCUUUGCAGACUGCUCCUGCUAAUUGUUCUCUGCCCCUUUAACAUUUCAGCAAGAGGAGGCAACAUUUUGCCAGAUAUGUCAAGGUUCCCCUCACAAAGAGAAACAGUUGAGAGGUAUGCCAAACAGAACACUGAGGAUCUUUGCACCUUUAUCGGUCCAUGCAAAUGGCAGAGAUUGUUUGGUUCUAGUCUUAACAGUCUUGGUUUUGACAAGGAAGAGCAAACAAGCAGUGUAAGAAGAGAGUCUCUUUUAUCCACCUUUUCUCACACAGUCCCUUCGUUUUUGCUCCUUUCUUUUUCAGCUUCUUCCUUUUGCUGAUCAUCAUGGGAAUAUAGUCAUUACCAGAUGUGUAUGAAGUAAAUGUGCAAACACAGUCAUGGAUAAGAAAUUGACAGCUUUUUUAAUAUGACCAUUUCCCAUACGUUUUAGACAAGAUAAUGCUAUAAAUUCUGCUCACAGAAUGUAUUUUGCGGGGCUGCUAAAUGAUGUUUUUCAUGGCAAAAUGCUUGAAAUGUGAAGAUGCUUUCCAGUAGAAGGUAUGAGAUAUUCUGGCCCCAAUCCAGAGAAAGGGAUCCAUGCACAUGAUUCAUUGAAAUGAUUGAGAAUUAAGUUAUUCAUUAUUAGCUUAACAGCUGAACCUAUUCAGCCCCAGCACAGUACCUCCAGUGACUGUGCCUAUCUUAUGUUUCUUUUAGAUUGUGAGCCCUUUGGGGACAGGGAUCCAUCUUAUUUAUUUAUUAUUUCUCUGUGUAAACUGCCCUGAGCUAUUUUUAGAAGGGCGGUAUAGAAAUCAAAUUAUUAUUAAUAAUAAAAAUAAUAAUAAUUAACAUGUCCAAUUAAUUUCAGUAGGGCUUAAUUGCAACUAAUUCUCUCUGGAUUGGGACCAAUGGUUGGCUGAAGUAGAAAUGGGAGAUAAACCAUAAUAAUGUGUCAGAGUUUGCUCAGAAGUAAUCAUCAUAUGGCCCUAAAAAAAUCCUGGUGAAUCAUUUGUUGACUUAAAAGGGAAAGGGUGAAUCGUAUUUUCUUGGAAAACAUGAGGCUACCAUUGAUGCAUUACCAAUGUUACCACAAGCAAAACCAAGAUAUAUUUGAAUAUCAUUCAUUUAUAUGUCUGCCAUCCUAUUUUAAUGUCAUUUUGGGGUGUACUAAAAUGUGUUAAAUAAAUUAUAUGAAUGUGGUAGGA